AUGGAGGAGGAGAAGGCGGCGGCGUACUAUCAGGAUCUCGUGCGCCGCGGGUCCAACGCGGCGCGAUUCAAGCAAGGCCUCGGGUUCGGCUCCAGCUCCGCCGCUGACGCCAGCGGCGAUGGCGGCGGCGACGGCGGCGCGGUUUGGGCCAGAGGCGGUGCGGGGUUGACGUUCGUGGCCGCAUCUGGCGGCGCGGCGUCGUUCGAGCGGGAAAACCUGGAACCGCCGACCGAGAAGUCACCGGGAGGCGGCGCGGCGGCAAUCGCGGAGACAUUUGCGGAGUCGUUCGAGCGGAAGCUACAGGCGGGUUUGGCGGAAGCGCGCGUGGCGAGCGUACGCGAUAAGCUGCGGAAGGGCGGAAGCGAUGGGGCGAGAGGCAUCUCUCAGAUCAGAGCAGGCAGCACGACACCCAUUGCUCUUUUACCGUCCGCUUCCAUCCCGUCCGCUCCCAUCCCGUCCGCUCCCAUCCAGUCCGCUCCCAUCCCGUCCGCUCCCAUCCCGUCCGCUCCCAUCCCGUCCGCUCCCAUCCCGUCCGCUCCCAUCCCGUCCGCUCCCAUCCAGUCCGCUCCCAUCCAGUCCGCUCCCAUCCCGUCCGCUCCCAUCCCGUCCGCUCCCAUCCCGUCCGCUCCCAUCCCGUCCGCUCCCAUCCCGUCCGCUCCAAUCCCGUCCGCUCCCAUCCCGUCCGCUCCCAUCCCGUCCGCUCCCAUCCCGUCCGCUCCCAUCCCGUCCGCUCCCAUCCCGUCCGCUCCCAUCCCGUCCGCUCCCAUCCCGUCCGCUCCCAUCCCGUCCGCUCCCAUCCCGUCCGCUCCCAUCCCGUCCGCUCCCAUCCCGUCCGCUCCCAUCCCGUCCGCUCCCAUCCCGUCCGCUCCCAUCCCGUCCGCUCCCAUCCCGUCCGCUCCCAUCCCGUCCGCUCCCAUCCCGUCCGCUCCCAUCCCGUCCGCUCCCAUCCCGUCCGCUCCCAUCCCGUCCGCUCCCAUCCCGUCCGCUCCCAUCCCGUCCGCUCCCAUCCCGUCCGCUCCCAUCCCGUCCGCUCCCAUCCCGUCCGCUCCCAUCCCGUCCGCUCCCAUCCCGUCCGUCCCAUCCCGUCCGCUCCCAUCCCGUCCGCUCCCAUCCCGUCCGCUCCCAUCCCGUCCGCUCCCAUCCCGUCCGCUCCCAUCCCGUCCGCUCCCAUCCCGUCCGCUCCCAUCCCGUCCGCUCCCAUCCCGUCCGCUCCCAUCCCGUCCGCUCCCAUCCCGUCCGCUCCCAUCCCGUCCGCUCCCAUCCCGUCCGCUCCCAUCCCGUCCGCUCCCAUCCCGUCCGCUCCCAUCCCGUCCGCUCCCAUCCCGUCCGCUCCCAUCCCGUCCGCUCCCAUCCCGUCCGCUCCCAUCCCGUCCGCUCCCAUCCCGUCCGCUCCCAUCCCGUCCGCUCCCAUCCCGUCCGCUCCCAUCCCGUCAGGCAGGGGAGGGCAGUGAACAAGGCAGUGGGGAGGGCAGUGAACAAGGCAGGAGAGAAUGGCACAGCAGUUCCAACGCGCAGGUGUGGAUUAGUGAGGAGGGCAUGUCUCCCGUCAAGGAAGCAGCAGCAGACAAAGGCACGGGGCUGGGUGGCGAGUGGGAGCAGUUUGGAUUUGAUUCUGCCGCCCCGCUGGAGGAGGAGAGGGAUGCAGAUGCUGACGUGGAGGAUGCAGAUCCGACGGCUGGGAUGGGCAGUGCUGAUGCGCUGGGAGGUGCAGACGACCUUGCUCAUCUGGAUCGAAUCAAAUCCUCCUUCGUCUUCUCCUCCUUCUCAAAUCGCGGCGCUACCACGCAGGAAGCACACGAAAAUGCAAUCUUUGGAGCACCACCCGCUGCAGCCAGUGAGAAGCUGCCACGUGGACAGUCCAGCAAGGCGUCAGAACUCAGCAGGAAAGGCGGGGGGCAUGCUGACAAGGCCCGCCGCCCAGGUGACCAGGGGCGGGAGGAGAGAGCGGGGGAGAAGGGGGAGGAGAGGAGGAGCGAGAACCGAAGGGAGGGAAGGCGGGACACAGAGAGGGAUGAGAGGAGGGAUGAGAGGAGGGAGGAGAGGAGGGAUGAGAGGAGGGAGGAGAGGAGGGAUGGGAGGAGGGAUGACAGGCGUGGGGAAGAAAGAGGAAAUGGGCAGGAGCGGUCACGAGAGGGGACACGAGACAGGAGGGAAGGGAGAGAGGGUAGGGAGGGGAGGGAGGGGAGGGAAAGAGGUCGAGGUAGAGAUGAGAGGAGGCAGAAGGAGCAGGAAGGGCGGUGUGGGGAGCAGUCAGAGAAGCAAGCAAGAGCAGCAAGUUUGGGUGGUGGGUCUGCUGCAGCAGUGGAAGCCAAAUUUUCCCUGCCUGGAAGGAAGGGCGGCAGCAGCAUCGGUGCUGCUGGCACUGCUGCUCCUGAUGCGUUCACAGCAGCAGUGGCAGCAGCAUUGGGAGUGGAGGAGGAGGAUGACGAGGAGAGUGUGCCCGUCAUCGUGGGGCUUGUGGUCGACACACGCCCUGCUGGUGAAAGCACACUCAAUGCUGCUGCUGACACACUUCAGCCACACGCGCAAGCAGUGCAGGAUGAGGUUGCUGGUGUGCCAGCUGGCGUGUCGCCAUUGGUGGAGGGGGGGUUGGCUGAUGAGGUGGCAGGAGCAGGAGAGAUGACGGGCGGGGCGGCUUCGGCAUGCAAUGGGCAGCAGCAGGUGUGUUGA